UUGCUUCCGUCCGACGCCAUUUUGAUGAAACCGAGGCCAGAGGGGAAACUGUCGUGUGCCUGUCUCCCCGCCGUGUGAUUUUUAGAAGGAGACCAUCUUUUUUUUUCUUUUUACACCUUUUUGUCCUCCUCGCGCCGAGGAGGAGAAGGAGCACUCCCCGAUGGACCCGGAGAGGAAAAACGCGCCGUUUCGGGGGUAGCGGAGGCUUAUCGUUAGCCAUAGCUUGUUAGCUCGACAGCAUUCGGUUUUCGGCUUUCUCUGCAUUUCUGAAUAAUAUAUUGUCUUCUCGGUAAUGGGGGGUACUUAGCGUUGACCUAAAUCCCGUGGACUCGUUCUGUGGACUGUUUUGUGACGAACUGAGGGUGGGGAAGUCCCCCACCGCACAACCGCCAUUGGCUGGACUGCGGUUAGCAACAUUAGCUGCUAACCAAGCGGCCCUCCCUCGCUUUCGUUCCUCUUCUGCCGCAAAAGGACUACUGGUGGCGGACGUGGCCACCAAUAGAACGCCGCUCUCUCGGUAGAAGCGAGUUCGGACUGCAUUGGGCCGCCCUUGGUUGUAUUUUCGGGGCGUUUGUAUGUGUCGCUUUGGUUUUGGACUCGAGAGGACUUGACAAAAAGGCACAUGGCCUUUCAUCUCUUGCGUUGGGAUUAAACAAGGACUCUGCGUCAUUGACUCGCCCUCCAUUUUUUCUCCUUUUUUGUCCAGUGUCUCAAGCCCAAUUUGACGUAUUAAAAAGUUACCAGGUUUGGCCUCCUGUGAUUUGAGUGUUGACGCUGUUUUUUUUUUUGUUUGUUUGGUUAUCCAAAGCCUGUGUCUCUAUUCCACCACCCCCCCAACCCCCCCCCCCCCCCAACCCUUGUUAUAUAAAAAAAAAGUGUGGCAAAAUGUCGUGUGUUCACUACAAGUUCUCCUCCAAACUGGACUACAACACGGUCACGUUCGAUGGGCUGCACAUCACCCUGAGUGAGCUCAAGCGGCAGAUCAUGUCCAGGGAGCGCCUCAAGGCCACAGACUGCGACCUGCAGAUCACCAACGCGCAGACGCGAGAAGAAUACACGGAUGAUGAAGCCCACAUCCCCAAGCAUUCGUCUGUGAUCGUCCGCAGAACGCCGAUUGGUGGCGUCAAACCGGCUGGCAGGACGUUCAUUGUAGAUCGUUCUGACACGUCUGUGGCGGGAUCGUCGAGACCCGUAUGUAACAAAAACAAGCAAAAAAAACAGCAAACACACCCAAAAAACAACACUCACGCCUCCUCUCACUACUCUACCCUCUUCCUUCUUGACGACAUGCUGUCAAUUGCGUCAUGUUCAUUUUCUGUUGACAGUUCCACAUGUGAUUGGCUGUCUCUUUGGAAGUGGGAGGGCGUCAUAAGGGUUUAAAUUGUUCGUUGUUUAUGACAAGUCACGCAGCUAUUUACUGAUGUUGUACUGUGUUUGCUAGCUUCAAAGGGAGUAUGCACUAUCCUGACUUGUGUUUCAUAUUGAAAUGGCUUUUGUAGCCCACUUUCGGUCGGGCAAAUAUUUGUCACCUAAUGAUAAUAAUAAUGUCAUAUGAUAAUGAUAAUGUCAUUGUAUUUUCUGUGAAAAUAACAUGUGGUUUACAAGCAAUCAAUGAAGUGAAGCGUGGCUGGGAUUGAAUGUAAUUCAUGAGUGGGUGAAUGGGGCGUGUGAGGAAUCUUAAGUGAUUUUUUUUUUUGCAGUUUGGAACAUUUUGAAUACACUCUUAAUGUCAUUCAGUCACAUUUGUCAGCUGUUUCCUCAUGUACAAGAUGUUUUAUGGUCUGCACAUAAACCACACUUUUAAGGGUCACAUCUUUGAUAUUGCACACAGAAGACGUACAGACUAGCGUAGGGAGUUAAAAAAAACUUUUUUUUCCUUCAGCAGCGUUUGAGUGGCACGUCAAUGGUCAUUGCUGUUGUAGUUGUCCUGUAAGCUGCAGAAGCCUGUCAAUAAAGGUUUUCAAGCGAGUUCUGCAUGUCAGAGCCGCUUUUGCACCACA